GCGAUUGGAGACAUCGGAAAAAAGUGUUCCUCGUCUCAACAAGGUAACCAUGUAUCACACGUAUCUGUCUGUAGCGGCCACCUGUCUAAUCUGGGCGGCGGUAGAAAGCACCGUGGGACCCCCAAUUGCCGUUCCAGGAACGUACUCAUAUACUGUCGCCUACACUAUUGCGAACGGAGGUUGUCAGGUGGGCGGUUCCCACCAUGCCGUCGGAGAAGUCUUCACAAACACUGACUCAGGAACGUGUAUCAAGUACCGCUGUGAGGCUAACGCCAGUCGAGGCUGGCAAAGUCGUCGUGGAUUUAGCUCAGUCGGGAUGUCAGGACGAAUCCCACUGCCGGUCUGCUGGAGAAUUUACAUCCGUCUGUGAUAACAGGUUCAGUUGUGCACUAGCCGACGUUUCAGUUGCCGGGUCAAAUGAGGUCAAAGUUCAGAAGACUGUAACGACUGUUGAAGAAAAGGGAUGCCAAGUACUGGGUGAGUGUCGCCGACCUAUGCAGAAGAUUAAGAUGGGCAUCAUGAAGUGUCACUGCAGGGGAGCCGGUCACACCGAGGAGUGUACAUUCUAGUGCUCUUCUCGCUGCAGUCGAUCUAUAUCGCCCAUUUAGGUCGGCUCGAGAAAACGCUCCUUUUGCAAAAUAUACGAAAGAAACAUCACAAGAACUAUUGCAAUUUCUUAGUUCCUUACUCGUGAAACCUGAAUAUUUCCCACGUUCGUUGUAACGACUCGUUCUACCUCUUUAGGGAGUGUGGGUAGUCAAAACUUACAGAACUGAGUAUAAUCAUCAGAAUACGUUUCCAUGGUUUCGUCACAAGGAAAUACGAAACUACCGAUUCCUGGUGUCUGAUCAUCGUCCUAUCGAUACAAAAUGAUGUAGUUUCAUGACCAGCCCUAUACACUUGUGUUUGGAAAGAGAAACAUUAUCGUCAAACUGUUAUGUCUUGUUAAAUAAAUACUUAAAAACCAA